AUGGACACAACCGAAAAAUUAAAACUUAUAAAUCGAAACUUAAAAGAAGUAAUAGGAGGUGACAUUAUGGAAAAAAUUAUAAAUAAACGUGAUCUUAAUGUUUAUUGGGGUACUGCAACUACUGGAAAACCACAUAUUGCUUAUUUUCUUCCUAUUCUUAAAAUAAAAGAUUUUGUUGAUGCGGGAUGUAAUGUCACAAUUCUUCUAGCAGAUAUACAUGCAUUUCUUGAUAAUUUAAAGGCACCUAUAGAAAAAAUAGAAUGUAGAUCGCAAUACUAUAAAAAAAUUAUUACUCUAAUGCUUAAAAGUAUUAAAGUUGAUGUAUCAAAAAUAUCUUUUAUUUUUGGAAGUGAAUACCAGAAAAGUAAUAAAUAUUUUACUGAUAUUUUGCGAAUUUUAAAUCAAACGAAAAAAAAUGAUGCACGCAGGGCAGGAAGUGAAGUUGUCAAACAAGUUAAGAAUUCUAAGUUAAGUUCACUUGUUUAUCCGGCCAUGCAAGCAUUAGAUGAAGAAUAUUUGAAUGUAGAUGUCCAGUUCGGAGGCAUUGAUCAAAGAAAAAUUUUUAUGUAUGCUAGAGAAUUUUUACCGCUUCUUAAAUACAAGAAAAGGAUACAUUUAAUGAAUCCUAUGAUACCUGGAUUGAAUUCUGACAAGAUGAGUAGUUCUGAUAUUGAUUCAAAAAUUGAUUUAUUAGAUACAAAGUUAGAAAUUUAUAAGAAAAUUCAUAACUGUAGUCUUGAAAAUGAAGGAUUGAUUUUUUUAUUUAAAAGUAUAAUUUAUCCAUAUUGUAGUAUUUUUAAUUUACAAAUAAUGAUUUCAGGUAAAGUUUAUACAUUUGAUAAAUUGUACGAAGACAUUAAAAUGAAGAUUAUUGAUGAAACUGAAUUGAAAAAUAUUGCUUCAGAUAUGAUUGAACGACUGAUUUGUCCAAUUCGUGACGAAAUGUUAAGGGAUUUAAAACUAAUUGAAAAUGCAUACGGAAAUAAAUAG